AUGCGGUUUAAACGCAAACACGUGUUAAACAUAAGUUUGAUUUAGUGUUGUUGUAGUGACACAAGUGGUGACCGUAUUGUCCGACGAUGUCUGUCGACGCCGAGGGGUUGUCCCCGAAGACCGGCCAUAAACCGCAGAAGAAUGGCUUAAGAGCUGUUCCCACACGUGUGUUGAGUCCGUGGAGUGAUUCAAAUGAAUUGAUUACUGUUUUCAAUAGUAUUUAUCAAAACAAUGAUUUAAAUGGCUUUGAUUUGGACUACAAUUUGCUAACGUUUGCCAAAAAUAAGAUCAUUAUUUGGUUGACACGUCUUCGGCAUAACAUCGAUAUCACUGUUCAUCUGAUGGCCACUAAAGAGAUCGUAAACGCGUUGAUUGAAGACAAUUCAAACCAUCGGACCAGAGAUGAUGGCGUAGAGGAGGAGGAGGACAGGGAUGAGAGCGCUGUUUAUUCAUUGUAUUGUCUAUCGGUGAUCCGUUUCUGUACUUCAAUCUCGCAGUACUCGCACGAGAACAACAUGAAGAGUGUGCGGCGGUUAGCGCACAGGUAUUCCUGUCCUCAAUGGGUGAUUGACUUUCGACACAAUCUCUGCCAUUCAUCCGGUAAUCAGCCAUCGAUUGAUGAGCUGAGAAACGCGGCACUCAUUGGACUCAAUUGGUUGAGACAAUACUUUUGGCUCAAGAUUUUAGACAAUACUAACAAUGCGUACAAUAAUUGCUGCAAUUUUUAUGAAUUAAUUAAUAGUUAUAUUAGUAUUGAUAAUAAGAAUAAGAAGAAGACUAAGAAUGAGAUAAUAUCUGCCAUCAAAUACUCGAGGAAUGAGUUAAUAACGGCUUUAAUACAGCAUUUAAUUAGUAAAGAGAAUAUCAACGAAAAGAAAUUCAAUUCAGAACAUUUAGCCAUGAGUUGGUUCUCUACUAUUGUGCGAACCAUUGGAUCCGAUAAUAAAGAGUCAAAAUUUAAGCGUAACUUUAAAUGCAUAUCAUAUAAGACAUUAAUGCCGAGAAUAGAUUGGGUUAGACUACUGUAUAGUGUAGUGAAACGGCCGAACCCUAAGACAUCGGCAUUGAUUGAAUUGAUUGCACCCAUUGUUGCGGAUGUCAUACCAGAAGAGAAGAUUGAAGUAUUGAAGAAUCUGUCGAAUCGGUUCUCAUAUGAAACAAUUGAAUCAAUCCAUCAAAACAAUGAACCAAAAGAUGCAAAAUUUAUUCCCAAAACAGUGAAAGACUUAUCACCGGUCGUACAGAUCAAUGACCCGCCGGUGCCUCAUAUGAGCGAGCCAAACGAUUGGUCGCAAAUUGCUUUCGGUUCCUCUCUGUCGGCCACGGAUUCCCAUGAUUUGGUUAAUUAUGAUUAAUAUACGAUUAAAUUAUGUUUUAUUGAAUCUUUAAUUUGUGAUUAAAUGCAAUAUUUUUACAUGAAAUACAUUGUUAUUAUUUAUAAGUCUAUUUAUUAUAUAAAAAGAUUAUUAAUAAAGUCAGAUAUUUAAUAUGUAUUGAUAUAUAAAAA